AUGGCCUCAGUCUUUGCAGAGACUGCGGUCGUAAGUUCAAUUCCAUGAGAAGUAAGUCUUUACCAUGUGUGCAGAGCUCCCAAGGGCACCACUCCCUCUCACUCCACAAUUUAUUCCCCCUUGAGCCUUUGGAAGUUCUAUGCUUACAAAAGCAUGUUUGUAUAAUAGGUUGGCAGCGAUUUAAUUGCCACACGAUCAUCCUCUUCUACGAAUAUCGAAAUGUCGAUUCUGCACCAAAAAGAAAACGCGCCAUCCUCAGAAACUACUUCCUCGAGAAAAUCUAUGCGGUACAUAGGCUCAUGGCUACCCUCAAAUAAUUCUACAUACAAUCUGCUGAUCGGAGGCGGACGGAAACGUCGAUGCUAUGGUGGUCUGGGAUCGUUUCUGAUGUCUGUUGCACGAAACCCAUGGCCAUUCGCUGAAUGGAGCUCUGGUUCAGUCCUGACAGCCAAGUCCAAAUCUUCCAAGAAUAAAAGCAUCCCACUUUCGCAUAUUCCCACGCUUUUACCCGUGGUCAUUCUGUCAGACCCAUGUUAA